AUGGCAGACCCUACCCAAAAACUCCCUUCCCCGCCAAAUGUUCGCAGUCCGCUCUCGUCAGGCAGCGGUAGCGGAACCCCGAUAUCAUUCCAAACAAACGUGAAUCGCUCCAAAACAAAACGCUGGGUGGAAGCGAAACAAUAUUCAUAUGAUGGAGGUGACUGGGGUAGUGACGAUGAUGAAGAGGAGGAAGAGGAGGUGCCACCCGCAGUAACUCGGCCUCCCUAUGCUACCCACAACACUGCCAGUUCCUCCGAGUUGUCAUCGAGACGUUUGUCUGGCAUCGGAUUUGGAGCCGGAGCUAGUGAGCCGCAUUUGGCUGAUGGAAAAGGUAGGAGCUUUAGUGGAGGAGACCAAAAGCCCCUUCCCUUUGUAAGGCCGGCCGACCUCUAUAAACGCAUGCGCGAGGAGAAAGCGACACAGCAGUCUCCUAUCCCUGGUGGCAAUGAUUCCAAGCCUGAUGGGUUUGGGGUUCCACCUCAAACAAAUCAACAGACCCCAGAUUUGAGUUUACCGGAAGUCAAGCGCAUGUCGAGCUUUGGUGCCGAUUUCUUGGGUGGUGCAGAGUCCAACACGCCAAAGGAUAGCCCUGCAGCUCAGGAGCCUUCUCUGCACCACAACCCCUCGGCGGGAUUCAGAUCGGUAGUGAACCAAGCCUUCGAUGUCCCAGAAACUCCACAAUCUACUACCACUAGUGUCACGCGGUCGAACAGUGAUGGCACUUCGACAAUCAGCCCUAUCAUGGGCGCUCGUACUAUGACUGAUGAAAGAACACCCACCAUUCUCGAGGAGCCUAAUGAGUCGGGGACUCCGAAGGCAACUACGAAUGCGACUCCAGCGUUUAACCCUGGUCAUCGCCGGGAUCUGAGCCUUCCUAGUUCGGACAACAGUCCUUCAAGAAAACCUCAAGUCACAGAUCAGGAUACCCCAACGGCAGGCCGUGCAGAAUUAUCCUCCAUUCCUCUCCUCCCAAAUUUUUCACCAGAAUCAUCCGAUGCGGGAAUCUCUCCCCAAAAAUCAUCGAUGCAACCAUACACGAACAAUGGGCAGGAUAUGCCUGCCCCUCUCAAGUUCGGAAGCGCAUCGGGCGCUGACUCCUUCCAUGGCGAAAUCCCCACCAUCAUGGGAGCCGAAGAAUCGCCACAAAAUGCCGACAAUGAUCGUUUGAGGGAAGAGAUUAUCCGAUCAUUAAGCCGGGAAACCACCCCCAUGGACGACCUGGAGCCCAGCGACCAACCUCAAUCGCAAGCACCCGCACAGCCCGUUCCACACCAGACUAUGCUUUCUGAAAGCCAUCCAGACUGGGCUAGCCCACCUCCUUUGGCGUCUCAAGACCCUUAUGCGACCAGUCAAGGUGCGACUGGGAACUCUUCAUCCACAAUCAUUAGUCAGCCAAAGAAGCCCAAGUUAGAAAGACGAUUCUCAUGGGAAUCCUCUGAUUCGUCAGAACCAGAGCCGCCUCAAAUGCCCGGCAGCUAUUCCUCGCCCCCUCCUCUAGCCACAUCGUUAUCUAUGCAAGAGCCUGAGCCUAUACGUGAGGAGUCCGCUCCAUUGGCGUCGGAGGUGUCGCAUGACCCGAUUGCUUCUGGAGAUGAAGGGUGCACUACCCAGCGUGCCGUGGAAAGACCUCGACUUUCGAUUGUUCCACCUAUCCCAGAGAACCUUACACCACCGGAGCAAGUUAUGGGACCAGGAGCCACGCCACCUCCACAACUUCAAGUGACUUCUAACGCCGGCAGCACAUCUCUCGAUGAGUCUAAACUUUUGGGAUUCCGUGACAUUCUCGGUAUCACAUCUAUCAACCAGCGUAUCAAGUCUUUCGAGCACACCCGCGACCAGUUCGCCACCAUUGACACCGGUUUGAAUCAUUGGCUACAGUUCACGGUUCACCAUCAUCCCGAGCAUGCCGACGUGGUCCGACAGAGCCAGAAUCUCUCCCCUACCGUGCCACCAUCAGAUGCUUCCCGCAGCAGAUUCCCCAAGUUGGGCACUCUUUCAAAUCUCAGUUCCUUGAACGACGGUACUACGACUGGCGCCACUCAUAUGAGACGUCCGUCGGGCCAUAUCGGUACCGUGAUGAACAAGGAUAAAGUCGGGGAGAAAGGAAAGGAGCUCCUCCAUACUGCGGGAGCGUUUAGUGGCAAGGCAACUGGGGCAGCCAAGGGACUAUUUGCUAAGGGCAGAAGCAGGUUCCGACCCAGUGGAAGCUCUGAGAAGGUUCAGUCAACUCAAACUGCUUCUCGCCGCAGCUUUCAGUUCUCAUUCCCUUCGGGGUCGGGUGAAGCAUCUGGUAGCUCUUCUCUACGAAACUCUGUCACCUUUGGCGGCUUGCCCAUCUUCAAAUCCGAGCGAACAGGGCUCAACUCUGAUUCUGAUCCACCAGGGGUCAGUCUCUGCCUAGAUCAUCCACAGGAUGAACACGAUGCCCGCAAACCUAUCAAGGCGACCCAAUCGGGGAAUAACGACCUGUCGCACAACCGUGUUGGCAAAACAACUGUGCAACCAAAGCAAUUGUCAUCUCCCAACGGUGUCCCUCCUCAACCUGAAGUUCCGGGGAAGUCUGCCUUUGCUGGAGAUUUGGAGCAAGAGAUGAUAGCUGCGCUAGGCCUUUCACCCACAGAUUCUCAUCCUCAAAGGGCGGCAAGUACCCCAAUGGCGUUGAAUGCCCUCAGCCAAGUAAAUGGCGGGAAACAGCAAUGUACAGAGCCACUGCUACAGCCGGGAGGAAACACGACUAGCAAUCAACCCGAUGCUGAAGCGCCAGUGAAGAAAGCCCCACUUGCAAAAAAGAGCUUGCCAGUCAUUCCUGAUGAACCUUUCCACAUCCCUUUCCCGAUUAUGAACAGCCAGAAACAUCGACCAAGCAAGUCUACACCAGAGAUUGUUGCUCCGUCAAUCCGUCCAGUGCUUGAUGAAAGCCCUAAACCUCCUUCGCCUCCUCCCAAGGAUACUAAUAAUGGGCUUGCACCUCGCCAGGAUCAUAGACGUCAUUUCUCUGUCUCAACACUUGGAGCUGAUGAGCAGCCCGGACGUACAUCUAAUGAGGAACUCGACAGGGACCCCCCUUCUCCUUUGCAAGAGACAGCAAACGAGGUAGCACCAGAACCAGGGUAUGAAGACAAGGCUGAGAGUUCUAUGGAUGACCCUCCUGGUAGCUCCCACUCAUCUGUUCGAGGGAAGAAAAGGAGGUCUUUCAUACCUUUCUAUCCAUCGGGGUCCUCAGAGUUCACCAGCUCUGCUGAGGUCCUCGAAUCCAAAAGAAAAUCGAUCAGCGGCCUACCUCCAUCCGCUCCAGAUUUCCGUAGCCCCUUGAGAAAUGAAGUCAGGUACUCGCCGGGAACCCGAAGCAGCAUGCUAAGCUUUGGUAGCUUCGGAAAGCAAAGCGUCAAUGGUAAAGGAACUCGCCCGUCCACGCCUGCUAACGGUCUUUCGCAACCUUCGGAAUCCGGUUCUCCUGCAGAGAAUGGGGAGUCGACUAUUGGAAAACUCAAGGAGUUCGGGAGACGGAGACGCGCUUCAGUGGGAGAUCUUCUCUCUGGUAUUCAACUUCAAGGGUCUCAAGGCCCCCAGGGUCCCCCGGCAGCUCAGCGGAAACGAACAUUCAGCAGGAUUAGCGUGCUGUUUGGCCGGCAGGACUCUCAAGACCCGGAGAGAAAAUCGGCCGCUCACACAAGAACAAUUUCAGAGCAGCUACCGAACAAAUAUCUGCCGAAACGCCCGUCGACAAAUGGAAAUGUAAAUGCUAGUUUCGGUUCACACGAUACACCACCAAUUAUCAGCAAUCCGUUUAAGGAAAAGCCUUUACCAACCCAGCCCCCCCGAGCCCAGGGCACCUCCACCACCACCACCGAGCGACACAAACCUUCUACCGCGCGAUGA